AGCCGCCUCCGUCGCCGGGAUUGUCGUCGCUACUGCUCUCGCAGGGACGGCACAGUGCUUGGCACAGUGCUUGGCACAGUGCUCGAGCCAGGACAGGACUGCACCGGGCCUCGGCCCUGCGGCAACCGGUCCGCCCGCCGGCAUGGGUCGGAAGGUGACGGUGGCCACCUGCGCCCUCAAUCAGUGGGCCCUGGAUUUCGAAGGCAAUUUGGAAAGGAUUUUAAAGAGUAUUGAAAUUGCAAAACGAAAAGGAGCAAAAUACAGGCUGGGACCAGAACUUGAAAUUUGUGGCUAUGGCUGUUCUGAUCAUUAUUUUGAGUCGGAUACAAAUUUACAUUCAUUUCAAGUUUUGGCCAAACUUUUGGAUUCUCCAGUCACUCAAGAUAUCAUCUGUGAUGUAGGCAUGCCUGUUAUGCACCGAAAUGUUCGUUACAACUGUAGAGUAAUAUUCCUAAACAGGAAAGUUCUGCUCAUCAGACCCAAAAUGGCCUUGGCGAAUGAAGGCAACUACAGGGAGAUGCGCUGGUUUACUCCUUGGCAACGGACUCGGACUAUAGAAGAAUAUUUUCUUCCUAGAAUGAUCCAAGAGCUUACAAAACAGGAAACUGUUCCUAUUGGGGAUGCAGUGCUGGCAACUCAAGAUACCUGUAUAGGAAGUGAAGUUUGUGAAGAGCUUUGGACUCCAUAUAGCCCUCACAUUGAAAUGGGACUGGAUGGGGUUGAAAUCUUCACAAAUGCCUCAGGAAGUCACCAUACUCUAAGGAAAGCUUACACCAGAGUUGAUUUGGUAAACAUGGCCACCUCAAAGAAUGGUGGAAUUUAUGUCUUAGCGAAUCAGAAAGGCUGUGAUGGUGACCGGCUCUACUAUGAUGGCUGUGCCAUGAUAUCUGUGAAUGGAGCUAUUGUUGCUCAGGGAUCUCAGUUUUCUCUGGAUGAUGUGGAAGUUCUUACUGCAACACUGGAUUUAGAAGAUGUACGAAGCUAUAGGGCAGAGAUUUCAUCCCGUGGAUUAAUGGCCAGCAGAGCGAAUCCCUAUCCCAGAGUGAAGGUCGAUUUUGCUCUGUCCUGUCAUGAUGAUGAUGCUGAUGCAGUUUCUGAGCCUAUUCAAUGGCAAUAUCAUAGUCCAGAGGAGGAGAUCAGCCUUGGACCCGCCUGUUGGCUCUGGGAUUAUUUAAGACGUAGUCAACAGGCUGGAUUUUUCCUCCCACUUAGUGGCGGAAUGGAUAGCUCUUCCUCAGCAUGUAUUGUGUAUUCCAUGUGCCACCAAGUUUGUCUGGCUGUGAAGAAUGGAAAUCAACAGGUUUUGGCUGAUGUGCGUAAAAUAGUAUAUAAUGAUGCCUACACUCCUGAGGAUCCCAGGGAACUUUGUGGACGCAUCUUUACCACCUGCUACAUGGCUAGCGAGAACUCCUCUGAGGCAACACGCAACAGAGCAAAAGAGUUGGCCAAACAAAUUGGCAGCUAUCAUAUCAAUCUGAACAUAGAUGGAGCAGUGAAAGCCAUUUUAGGGAUUUUUAGCAUGGUGACGGGUAGAACUCCACAGUUUCGGACCCAUGGAGGAAGUGGUAGAGAAAACCUGGCUCUGCAGAAUGUGCAGGCUAGAGUAAGAAUGGUCCUUGCAUACCUUUUUGCUCAACUGAGUCUCUGGUCACGGGGAAUUCAAGGAGGACUUCUUGUGAUUGGCUCAGCAAAUGUGGAUGAAUGCCUUCAGGGUUAUCUGACCAAGUAUGAUUGCUCCAGUGCUGAUAUUAAUCCUAUAGGAGGAAUCAGCAAGACAGAUUUGAAAAGCUUCCUCCAGUAUUGCAUAGAACAUUUCCAACUUGCAGCACUAAUAAGCAUUUUGAAAGCUCCUCCUACUGCUGAGUUAGAGCCUUUAGCAGAUGGAAAAAUGACUCAAACUGAUGAGGAGGAUAUGGGAAUGACUUAUGCUGAGCUUUCUGUUUAUGGGAAACUAAGGAAGAUCACCAAGGCUGGGCCUUACACUAUGUUUUGUAAAUUAAUCAAUAUUUGGAAAGAGGUCAGCUCUCCAAGGCAGGUGGCUGAAAAAGUUAAACACUUUUUCAGAUCAUAUUCAGUUAACAGGCAUAAAAUGACAACACUCACUCCUGCAUAUCAUGCGGAAAACUACAGUCCUGAGGACAACAGAUUUGACCUGAGGCCAUUUCUAUAUAACACUGCCUGGUCUUGGCAGUUCAGAUGCAUAGAUAAUCAGGUUCUCAAACUAGAAAGUGAGGAAGUGCAAAACAGCCUUGAAGAUUUGGAUUGAUUGUUCUGUUGAUAGUGCCACUCACUGAAAUAAAUAAUUUCGAAGACUAAUUUACCUCAACAUCACUAAGGGAAUGAGUAUACACUCAAAUGUUUACUUAUGUGAAUAAAAAUGAAAGCAAUUUUA